CCCAUAAUAGCCAUGCAAUUCGAGAACGAGUUCGGAGGCAUUCAUAACGACAACGAUAAGCAGUACUUCCAGUUCAUGAAGAAUGUCAUCGAUUCCCACGGAUUCAAAGAAUUGCUCACUAAUUGUGAUUCAUUUGGUACGGCAGCCGACGCCACGAAGACUGCCCUCCCAGGUGUUUUAGAGACCGAUAACUUUCAGUCUGAUUCCCUGAACCUAUUAACUAAACUACGCGCAGCACAGCCUAACAAGCCCCUGUAUGUGUCCGAGUUCUGGCCAGGGUGGUACGACCAAUGGGGAGAUGACAAACACCACACCUAUGAUGUCAACUUUUUUGAGAAGGAGAUCACGGAUGUACUGUUCAAGGCCAAUUCAUCGGUUAAUUUCUAUAUGUUUUUCGGUGGCACUAACUUUGGGUUUAUGAACGGGGAUACUGUGGUCACUAGUUAUGAUUAUGACGCACCACUAUCUGAGACAGGCAAUUAUACCGCAAAGUAUUGGAAAACUAAGGAAUUGAUUGAGAAGUUCACGAAAGAGAGAGGUUUACCACAACUUUCAAUACCUAAACCUCCAGUCGUGUCGCUAACCACUGGUUACGGGAAACUCAAAGUUAAGGAUUACUUGAGUUUAGAGGACGUGUUGAUCAAAAUCAAGCCAAUCGUCACCGAAAAGCCACAACACAUGGAGUUAUUAAACAUUGGCUCAAAUUAUGGACAAAAUUUUGGUUUUAUUCUCUAUAGACUCUCAAAUGUUACUAAGUUUAAGCAUUUGAAAGUCACGGGUGGUGCCUCUGAUCGGGGAGUCAUACUCGUAGACCACAAAGAGGUCGGUGUCGUCGAUAACAAUAAAGACUAUAAUCAGGACUUAAAUGACUCGCAAUUUGCAAACACAACGACUCAUACGUUGGAUAUAAUCGUCGAAAACACCGGUCGAGCGAAGAUUGGGGACGGGAUUAAUAGCGCCCGAAAAGGUCUUAACGGCGAUAUCACUAUCGAUACAAAAGUUGCCACAAAUAUCGAGACAUUUCCGCUUGAAUUCAAAGAACCAUUUGUUAAACAAUUGUCUGAAUUGAAGGGAAAGCCUUUCAUUGAGGGCCUCAAAAGUCCAGCCGUUUAUCGGUUUGAAUUGGAUAUUAAGGACAGUCCGAGGGAUACAUUCAUACGACUGGACGGUUGGGUGAAAGGAAAUGCAUUCAUCAAUGCUUUCAAUAUCGGCCGCUAUUACCACAUCGGACCCCAACAGACACUGUAUAUCCCUGCACCGUUACUAAAAACCGGCAAAAAUGAUAUAUUAGUGUUUGAAUUACAUUCCGCCACCGAUUCGGUUGACUUCACGGAUACACCGUCCAGUGACCAGACUCUAGAUUGGGGUCAAUUCCGUGACGGCGCCUAUAGUUUGAUAAAUACUGACCGAUCGUUUGAAAAGCCGUUGAACUUAACGUUAGGCCCGGGAUUCACACCCACCGUCAGUAUCAUCGCACCGUUAGGCCAAUCGAUUAUCUGCCUCUUAAACCAAGAGGUGAUGGCGUUCACCGACGUGUUCGCCAGAAACUACCGGUGCUUUCACUUCACGACACUCGCCUACUAUACAGAGACUACAAACAGCACUCUCAACGACAUUCACCGCGUAUUUGACGGCAAAGUGAACGCCGAGAGCCCACACAAAAUGCUGGCCGUAUUCGGACCCUUUGACGAGCACCGGUACUUAAUGCUAUACAAACUAGACUACAAUAUCUACUCGUGUUGGGUGCCGGCGUCCCAAGUGUUUGGCGAUGACACUCUCUACGUCAUCUGUUAUGUCGUGAUAGGGCUGUCCGUUAUACUGACAACUCUUGUGGUAUUUAUGAUGUAUUUAGUGUACUCGAGGGACAUAUCGUCGCCCCAUAAAAAGGUUAAGCGAGCAAAGAGUCCCCAACCACCUCCAGGUGCUCACAAACCCCGGUCACCAAUCGCUUUUCAUAAAAGGCAUGACCUGAAGCCAGAUAUAGGCGCUAAGAAAGCUGUACAAAAACGUCCCCGGGCUCCCAAAUCCAGGUCACCGAUCACUGUUAAUAAAAGGUAUGAUUUGUCGCCAAAUAUAAGCGCUAAGAAAGCUGCACAAAAACCUACCGGUGCUGUGACACCGCCGAACAGUAGCGUCAAUACGCCCGACCAGUCGUCCCCAUAUAAUAAUAUGACAACCGGUACUUUCAAAUCGUUAGCUUUUUAA